AUGAGAGACUCUUUAAGGACCCCCAACGGCGCUCAAAAUGGAAAAGCUCAAUUGACAGCUACCUCAUCAGUCUGUUCUUCUCAUAAUAAUUUGCAACGACUUUCUAGUAGAGAGAAUGGGGGAGCUCUUGUCAAACAGAUUCUCUCCAAGCCGGGUCCAUAUCCCCAAAUUGUUGUAGUUACAAAAGGCGAAGAAUGUGGAUUUUGGUUAGAUGGAGCUGUUGAACUUGAAGAUAUAGAAAAUAGUGACAGUUUUGUUUACAAUAAUGUAACAAAUGUUGAAUUAAAGCUUGAAACAGAUGAUGAAGGAGCUCUUUCUUAUAGAAGGCACUUUCUCGGUCGUGAACAUCACAAUUUUUAUGCUUUAGACCCUUUAUUGGGUCCACUUAUUCUCAGCGUUAGAGUUGAAACAACUUCAAUACAAACUCCCUCCUCCCCAAAAUCAACUCCAAAUCAACAACAACAACAAAAUUAUCGUUUAAUUUUGCGUUCCCGUAUAGGCACUAAACACCAAUUACUCCCCUCAACUUCAUUUAAUAAUUUACGCCCAAGUGCCAGUCAACUAGCGAGACAUUUAUACGCGGAUAUUGGAACUGACAGGUUUUGGCCUGUUGCGUUUCCUGGAGGAAGUGAAUUAAUAUUACAAUUUGAUGAACAUGUGAUUAGUAAUACUUACAAAUUUGGUAUUAUCUACCAAAAAUUUGGCCAAACAACGGAAGAAGAAUUAUUUGGAAAUACUUGUGCUUGUAAAGAAUUUAAUGAAUUUCUAGCACUUUUGGGUGACCGUGUGCCUUUACGUAAUUUUGAUGGAUAUCGUGGAGGGCUGGAUACAAUACAUGGGCAAACUGGGAAUGAAAGUAUUUACACAAAAUUCUCGCAAAAAGAAAUUAUGUUUCAUGUAAGCACUCUUUUGCCUUACACAGCAGGGGAUACACAACAAUUACAACGUAAAAGACAUAUUGGUAAUGAUAUUGUUGCUAUUGUUUUUCAAGAGAAAAAUACGCCGUUUUGCCCUGAAAUGAUUCAGGCAAGUUUCUAA